AACAACUUACUUUUGAUAUUAAUUCUAGAAAUAAGAAAAUAGAAGCGGCAUUAAAGAGAAACGUCAUUAGAUACUAAGAACGUUGUUAAAUAAUAGCUUCUGUAAUGUUCGUAUUUCGAAGGUAUUGAUAUGCACACCACUUUCCUGAUCCAAAGGCUACGGGAGUGUAUUAGGUGGCUAAAGCCUUCUUAGCUUAAGGCUUGUGUAUCUGGUAGAUUGUUACGCUGGAUUGGUAGAUAAAUUAAAAUUAUUCGAGUCAUUUAUUCAGCCAGUAAUGUUAUACGAGUCCGAGAUUUGGGGCUAUGAUCGUUAUUCGUUCAUUGGAGAAAAACCGCAGUACAGUAGUAAUGAAAAAAGAAACAGCGAUUAGGUGGUGAAAGACCAAAGGCCGUGUUACGAAGACGAUUUGCCGGCCACUUUAAAGUGUAGAACCGUCCGCUAGAGGAUGCGUGAGUCGUUACACGCUGUAGUUCAGAAUGGGGUUACACGAUCAAGCCAAAAUCAAAAAAUUUAAGAAAAAACAGAAGAAAAUCAGAGAACAAAGUAAAACAAAUAAUGUCGAAGAGACGAAAGAUAAAGAACUGAAAGAUGAAAGUGAAAACUUAAAUGUAGAAGAACCUAAGAAAUUUCUUGGAGAUGCAUCUUUUGAAUCUUUAAAAGAUAAAGUCAGUGAAAAUACUCUUAAAGGAAUUAAAGAUAUGGGUUUUGUAAAUAUGACAGAAAUUCAAGCACUAACAAUUCCAAAUUUAUUGGAAGGAAAAGAUAUGGUAGCAGCAGCCAAAACUGGAAGUGGGAAAACACUUGCAUUUCUAAUUCCUGCUGUUGAAUUGGUUUAUAAAUUGAAAUUUAAACCAAGAAAUGGAACUUGUGUGAUAAUAAUUUCUCCAACUAGAGAACUUUCAAUGCAGACCUAUGGAGUACUUCAAGAGGUUCUUAAAUAUCAUCAGCAUACAUAUGGCCUUGUGAUGGGUGGCACUAACAGACAGACAGAAGCAACUAAAUUGGUAAAAGGUGUAAAUAUAUUGGUUGCAACUCCUGGCAGAUUAUUAGAUCAUUUACAGAAUACUCAGUUUUUAUAUAAAAAUCUUCAAUGUCUAAUUAUUGAUGAAGCUGAUAGGAUACUGGAUAUUGGUUUUGAAGAAGAAAUGAAACAAAUUGUGAAAAUUUUACCUAAACGAAGACAGACAAUGCUGUUCAGUGCCACUCUAACUAAGAAAACAGAAGAUUUAAUUCAUGUAGCCAUGAAUAAUGAACCACUAUAUGUUGGUAUUGAAGAAAACAAAGAAAGUGCAACUGUUGAAGGCCUAGAACAAGGUUAUGUAAUUUGUCCAUCAGAUAAGAGAUUUCUUCUUCUCUUCACAUUUCUGAGAAAAAAUAAGAAAAAAAAGAUGAUGGUAUUUUUUAGUUCUUGUAUGUCUGUAAGAUUUCAUCAUGAUCUUUUAAAUUACAUUGAUCUUCCUGUCUUGUCUAUUCAUGGGAAGCAAGGACAAUCAAAAAGAACAACAACAUUCUUUCAAUUUUGCAAUGCUGAAAGUGGUAUUCUACUUUGUACUGAUGUAGCUGCUAGAGGUCUUGAUAUUCCUAAAGUAGACUGGAUUAUUCAAUAUGAUCCACCAGAUGAUCCAAAAGAAUAUAUACAUAGAGUUGGAAGAACAGCUCGUGGUGAAAGAGGCAUUGGAAAUGCUUUAUUGAUUUUAAGAGAAGAAGAACUGGGAUUUAUUCGUUAUCUCAAACUUGCUAAAAUACCUUUGAAAGAGUUUGAGAUUUCAUGGAAUAAAUUAGCCAAUGUUCAACUUUCACUUGAAAAAUUAAUAUCAAGAAAUCAUUAUCUAUACAUGGCUGCUAAAGAAGCAUAUAAAGCAUAUGUUCGUGCUUAUGAUUCUCAUCAACUGAAAUCUGUUUAUGAUGUAAACACUCUUGAUUUGAAAGCAGUAUGCAAAUCAUUUGGAUUUACUGUACCACCUUGUGUAGAUUUGAGUAUCCUUUAUUAUUUUUGUAAUUAUGUAUAAACCAAGCUUGGCAUA